AUACUCGUACUAAUGAAACGGAAAUGUGCUCAAAUCCGUUGACAACAUGCGCUUUAUAUGAUUCGAUGCGGCAACAGUUUAAUUUCAAUUUUUUGUUUUUAGUUUAACUACAUGAAUCGAUGAUUUAACUAAAUACAAGUAGUUACAACAAUUCGAGAAGCUCACGUGAUGGAUGCCAAAGAUGCCAGCAGACAACAAGCAGCAGACAACCGACAGUAGAGCAGACAGUUGAGUGGCAGCGCAUCUUGCAUAGAAUCAUUAAUUCAAGAUGAAGACAAAGCCACAAAGACUGGCUGUAAAAAACGCACUGACACUUGACCCCAACAGAGUAACAAGAAAACAAAACAAGUCUUGGCCUUGACAAUGAGGCGAUGGAUUUGGAAUUGAAAUUGGAAUUGGAAUUGGAGUGAAGCGAAACGGCACCAAUCAUCGCUUUCAGCUUUUGUAGCGUUUAUUUAUCUAGGGCCGCUCUAACUAUCGAAUAGCUUGUUGCUUGACAAGCAGGCAACGGCAACGGCAAAAGGCAAUAGCAACGGCAGCAACAUCAACAACGGCAGCAGCAUCGCAAUUAAUAAACUGAAGCAAAAAUAAAGAAGAAAAAAAAAAAAAAACGAAACAUAAAUACAAACAAACAAACACGAUCAACAUAGAUAUAGAAGUAUAAAUAGUUUGAGUCUCAACGCGAUUGCCUGCAUUCGCGCGAGCUACGUUGCUGGAAGCUAUAAAAAAUAUUUCGACAUUCUUUAAGGUACUCAGCAUCCAUAAAUAUGCGUCUCUUCAUCUGGGCAGCGUCUCUCUUUGCAGCACUUUGCUGGCAAUGCGCUUCGGCGGACGUCUCGCAGCUGGUGCGAUCGGGCAAUGGAUUUGUUUACGAUGUACCCAAGGUCAGUCAAUUGGAACUGGAGCUGAACAACGAAUUUCCCACCGGUGAUGAAUUCCCUCAGGAUGCCAUUCCAGUUGCCCCAUCAGAUGCGGAACUGGGCGUAGCUGAGCCGGAGCCGGAGGAAUCGGAGCAGGCGGCGAGUGUGGACAGCGGUGUUUAUGUCUCUUCCAAGGGCCAUGGUUACGCCUACGAAGUGCCAAGUCGUCAGUUUAAGAGCUAGAUCUUAAGUUUAUUCUUCCGCCUUAUUUGUUUUGUACCAAAGCUUCUUAUCAAUAUUAAAACUCCAAUAA